AUGGCGGCGGCGGCGCGGAGGGUGCGGGUUCUGCGGGUCCUGCGGGUGCCGCUGCCGCCGGUAGCGUUGAACUGGUGCCGAGCGCUCACUGGGGCUGCUGAGCCUCCUCCGCCACCACCCCCUCCCCUUUCUCCGCCGGCCCCCGCUCGGGGCCGGGCGCUGGCGGCGGCGGUGGGCGCGGGGGCGGCGGCGCUGGUGCUGCUGUGGGCCCGGGAGCGCCAGCGGCCCGCGCUGAGCGCAGCCGUGCCCGCCCCGCCGCCCGCUCCGCCGCCCGCCUCGCCCCGCGCCGCCUUCAACUUCAUCGCCGACGUGGUGGAGAAAACGGCGCCCGCGCUGGUCUACGUGGAGAUCGUGGGCAGGCACCCCUUUCUGGGCCGGGACGUGCCCAUCUCCAACGGCUCGGGGUUCCUGGUGUCCCCAGAUGGGCUCAUCGUCACCAACGCGCACGUGGUAGCGAACCGGAGGCGCGUGCGGGUGAAGCUGGCGAGCGGCGAGCAGUACGACGCCGUGGUGCAGGACGUGGACCAGGUGGCCGACAUCGCCACCAUCAAGAUCAAGCCCAAGCACCCGCUGCCCACGCUGCCGCUGGGCCGCUCGGCCGAGGUGCGGCAGGGCGAGUUCGUGGUGGCCAUGGGCAGCCCCUUUGCGCUGCAGAACACCAUCACCUCGGGCAUCGUGAGCUCAGCGCAGCGCGGCAGCCGCGAGCUGGGCCUCGCUGCCUCCGACAUGGAGUACAUCCAGACCGACGCCGCCAUUGACUUUGGGAACUCCGGGGGCCCCCUUGUCAACCUGGAUGGCGAGGUGAUUGGGGUGAACACCAUGAAGGUGACAUCAGGCAUCUCCUUUGCCAUCCCCUCUGACCGGCUCCGGAAGUUCCUGCAAAGGGAGGAGCAGCGCAAGAGCUCUUGGUUUGGCAACGCAGAGACGAAGCGCCGGUACAUCGGGGUGAUGAUGCUGACCCUCACUCCCAGCAUCCUGGCGGAGCUGAAGCUGCGUGACCCCAGCUUCCCUGACGUGUCCUACGGUGUGCUGAUCCACAAGGUGAUCAUCGGCUCCCCGGCCCAUCAGGCUGGGCUGAAGGCCGGUGACGUGGUGCUGGAGAUCAAUGGGACGGCGUCGCGGCGCGCCGAGGACGUGUACGAGGCGGUGCGGACGCAGCAGAGCCUGGCCAUGCUGGUGCGCCGCGGCCACGACACGCUGCUGGUGAGUGUCGUGCCUGAAGUGACGGAGUAGCGGGGACCGCCCGGUGCUGACCGGUGCUGAGAGCAGGACUGAGCUGUGUCUGUGCCAGCCAGGAAGGGCCUGAGAGCUCAUGCAAGGCUGGAAGGAGCCAGGAGAGGGGCCCGGCCUGGUGCUUGGGUGACUUGUGGUGCGGCAGUUUCCCUCUGUACUCAAAAUAAAGCACUUUUCUAGGGGC